GCGACAGGUUGACGUCAUUGGAACCGACGCAGAGAUAGGCAAGCGAAAGCCGAAAGCAGCAGCAGCAGCAUAGGCUACGAGUACCGUUUGAACAUCCUUAUCCAGCGCAGCCUGUGAGCAUCUCCGGUAAAUAACGACAGUGAAUAAAAUGGCCACCUCCUCCUCCAAUUUGGAAGAAGAUGAAAGUCUGAAGAGCUGUGAAGUUUUCGUGCAGAAGCACAACAUCCAGCAGAUCCUGAAGGAGUGUAUCGUCAACCUGUGCAUUGCCAAGCCCGAGCGGCCUAUGAAGUUCCUUCGGGAACACUUUGAAAAGCUGGAGAAGGAGGAGUGUAAGCAGAUCCUGGCUCGCCAGAAGUCCAACUCGCAGUCAGACUCUCAUGACGAUGAGGUGUCCCCCCCACCCCCCAACCCUACGGUCAAGGGGCGCACCCGCAGGGGCGGCGUCAGCGCCGAGGUCUACACCGAGGAGGACGCCGUCAGCUAUGUCCGAAAGGUCAUCCCGAAAGACUACAAGACAAUGACGGCCCUGGCCAAAGCCAUCUCCAAGAACGUGCUGUUUGCCCACCUGGACGACAACGAGAGGAGGUGA